CGGCAUUGCUCCAGCUGCUGCAGAUCGCGGCGCACGCGCUCCUCUCUUGAGUUAAUGGGCACCUCGUACGCGUAACCUCAAAUAUACUUCAAGACGAUGGACAAGCUACAAAAUAUUCUUAUUUUUGCUGCUGUGCUCGCAUCAGGAACUUGUAACACGAACAUGUUCGGUGGGCGCUGCUCGCGGCGCGAUCCCGCCGUGGACGCCUGCCUACUACGCGCGUUCAACUCGCUCGCGGAGCACCUGAAGGGCGGCGCGCCGGAGCUGGGCAUCGAAGAGGACGAGCCGAUAGUGAUCGACGAGUUAUCGAUAGCACUGGGGGGCGGGCCCGACGGCUACCGAGCCACCUUCAAAGACAUACAUGCCACCGGAGUCUCCAACAUGACCAUCACUAAUGUCAGGUCCGACCUGGAGACGCACCAGUUCCAGCUGACGCUGUUCGGGCCGCACAUCAGCGCGCGCGCGCGGUACCGCUCCUCGGGCGUGCUGCUGCUGGUGCGCGCCUCCGGCGGCGGCGACUACUGGGGCGAGUACGACGGCGUGAAGGCUAAGGUGUACUUCCGCGGGGCGCCGUACGAGCGCGACGGCCGCACCUACCUGCGGCUGCAGCAGCUCAAGCUCGACUUCUCCGUCAAAGACAUCCAGAUGGGCGUCGAGAACCUGCAGAAUGGGAACGCAGUACUGCAGGCGGCGCUGAACCUGUUCAUCAACACAAACGCGCAGGAGCUACUGAAGGAGAUGAAGCCGGAGCUGAAGCGCGACCUGGCCGACAAGAUGGCGCGCUUCCUGGCGCGGAUCCUCGACCACAUCCCCUACGACGAGUGGAUCCUCGACUGACCGCACUUACUUGUAACUCCAAACUUAACUAUUCGCAACAUUUUAAUAACUUGUUGAAAACUAGUUUUUAAUUGUAAGGCUACCAUUUAUUUAAACUAACAUUAUCUUGUCAUGGGUAGUGUUUUUUCACCAAGUAAAAGUUCAUAACAUAAAACAUAUUCACUACUUUUGACGUUACCUAUUUAUUUGUACACAAAAGAGCAAAGUUGUAAACAAAUUCGAAUUGUGUCACUUCCCACUAUGUACCUACUACCUAGGGACUUAGAUAUCUACGUAAGCAAUGACAGUCUGACCCGAAAUAUUUUGGUAGGGCUUGAUUCUGAAGGUAUCUAGGUAUAUAUAGUAUCCUAAAAACAAAUUCAAAAAAUCGCCUAAUAGUUCGGUAAAUGAAGUAGGCAAUAGUGAGUUCUUUUGUUAUCCCCAGUGUUUACUUACACAGAAUUAUUUUUUAUUGUUACUAAACACCAGGAACUAAAUGUAUCGCGUUCCUGAGGGAACGUUGGUGUUAGUAGACUAGUUAAAAGUAGACGCCGAAAUCACUCCGUUUCUUUGUAGACAGCUAUGAAUAUGCGGUGCAGACUGUAGGCACUGCCGAUUAGAUGUUAAAAUUAUGUAUAUAAUUUAAUGUAGGUAAUUUUAAUUCUUAGGUACCUACUUCUAAUUUACUCAUGUCUACCAUUAAUCAAGAUUGUAUCCAAACAGUGUUAAUUUACUUAUCUAAAGUAAAAAGUUCAAUAGUUUUCUUGGCUGUGUCGUAGAAGUAUAGCUGGUCAAGCAAAUCUUGUCAGUAAAAAAGGCCCGAAAUUCAAAUUUUCUAUGGGACGAUACCCCCGUCUCGCCUACAUUUUUCAAAUUUGCCGCCUUUUUCUACUGACAAUAUCUGCUUGACCAAGUAUAGAUACUAAAUGGGAUUUACCAACCUCCCUUGUAUACAGGCUGUCCCUAGCCAUUGGACAAAGCCGAAAUAUACAUAUGCAUUAGGGUAUUUAGAACCAAUAUACAAAGUAUCAUAACAAUCGGUGUAGCGGUUACGAAGAAAUUAACAAAUUAAGU